AUGUGUAAACCCAAGCAUAAACCGUCACCCCUUGGUUCGAACCCUUCUAACGAAGGCAAAGUCUCGGACCCGCCUAUCUUGGCUCCGGAUUUGGCAUCAUUCAGCGACAAGGCGUCAAGUUUGCACUUCUUCGGCGACGCGUCGGGGGAUGAGGAUGACUUCUUCGGAGUGCCUAAAACCUCCUCGCCCCCUUUGUUCGGGCCUGAGGACUAUCCUGAUUUAGGAAAACCUAACACGAUUGAAGAUUUCGAAGUAGGUGCUGGCCCAAGUGGUAAAUCCGAGCAGUUCGUCCCUGGCUGUUCUGCCAGCAAGCCGACUCCGACUGGAGAUGAAGAUAAGCAGACGAUCUCCAAUGCGAUGAUGCAGGCAUACAUAGCUAUGCGUGGUCCCGAUAUGGGAGGACUCACCGACCCUCUGUUUGAGUGGAUCAAGUUUCACAGCGAUGAGAUGGAUCGUAAAGCGGCAUCUCAACCUCAUGGCGAACCCAAACCUCCUGACAACCCUAGGGACGUCACUAAGAUGUUGAAUUAUAUGGAUAAGGCUAUCGAAUCCGAUAACAUGGAUGGUGAUUCUCCCCGCGAUGCUAUAUUUGAGCUUCGCAAGCCGUCGAUUAACCACAUAGCUCCUCCGGCUUCGAUGAACCUUUUGCCUCACCGCAGGGUUUGUUCAGCAACAGAGAAUCGUAUCCCUGUAUGGGGAGAUGAUGAAGACGAUGAUGAGGGCGCCCUUCCUACUGGCCGCGUUUCUCCUUGCACUUUCCUCCAGUGGGCUCAGGAUUGUAAGCCUUGGGCACGUGGAAAUAUAAUGGACCCUAGAAACACACUUGCUACUGCUGAACGAAUGCGCCCAAUGGGGCCUGUACCGGACAGGGAUCAUUAUCCUUACUAUCUUGAGGAUGCAAAGGCUCAGAGGGACCACUAUACAGGAGAGGAGUUUUCUCCCCUUUACCAAGUCCCCCAUAGCCCGUCUCUUAUCUACACGCCUCCUGGUGUGCCCAGCAUCGCAUGGGCUCCGGCUGCAUUCCUAGCGCAAUAUGACCGCAUGGCUCCUCUAGAGGCCAAGAAGCUCCGAGAUCAUGUGUAUGGCAAGACAGAGAAAAGUAUGCCGCCUGCCAGUACGAACUACAAGUUCACAGAGAGUGAGGUCAAUAAUGUCGCCAAUAGAAUCACCAGAUCUGAGGGCAGUGGUAUUCCUCAUGGCCCAGAGAUUUAUGCUUUUCUCAGCGCCCAAUACAAAGCUAUCGCAAAGGAGCAGGCUGAGGAUGAAACUCUUCGUAAGAGAAUUUCGGCGCAGGCCAAGCGAAUCCAGGAGCUGGAGCUGGAGCGAGACAUCCUCCGAGAACACUUUAUCCCUCUUCUGAAGAAAAAACGCACCGAGUACCGUGUCGCGCAGGAAUGCCACGCAUUGCGAGAGCUUCAGAAGAAACGUGCCAUUCGCGAUGAUCGUAUCCGCGAGCAUCUGGGAAACCACGUCCGUGAGGUGCAACUGUUGCUUGACCGCUCGUACAUGCAACGAACCGAGUCGAAGCAGAAAUUCAAGGUGAACCAACAGCGCCUGGCGCAGCUGAAGCAGGAGAUCGAUGAGGAUUGUCUCUUGGCUGAAACAAGUCCUCGGGGCAUCUAUGAUGAAAUCAACGGCCUCAUAUCGCCUCAUCUAGCCUCUGCACGGUCGGGGACAAGAGGGAUGAACCGCAGUGCUGAGAACUUCAGGGCUGAGAACUUCUUCCCUGUCCUUGAUGAUAAUAACACCUAUCCAACCAAUGUGAUUGCUAAACAACCCGAAAUACCGACCAAGAAAGAGCCUAAAAUGGGAGAAGUUGAUUCCAUUUCUGGACAUACUCUAGUUGAUCUUAUGCGUGAUUGUUCAUGGGAACCUCUCUCGCCAGAUGUCCGCCGCGCUAUCCGUGAUCAUCUUAGUAGACGUGUCCCUGCCCCGUCUUCCCCAGAUUUGGCAAUACCCUUUGGCGAACCCGGGUCCCUAGCUGAAUAUACUGGUGGCCCAUAUCGGGAAUCAUUCUGUGGGCUUGAUGAGCAGCCUAUGACAUUGGGUGUUCUACGAAUGCCCGACCCUCCCGUGGAUACUACCACUCACGACACUGUUCCUGGAAAGACUGAGGAGAGUUCCUCUGCCCAGGAAAGCCGUAAAGAAAAGGACGAGAGCUUGUCCCAUAUUCAAGGUCCCGACGAACGUAUCUGCUUUGCUCCUCCCCCGGGCGAACCUGAACCGAUUGAUCGUUCUUAUUAUGAUUAG